GAAGAGCUGAGUUGGUGGGGAGGAAGUGAUGCGUUCACCUUAGCGUACUCUGCUUGAUAAAUAGCCAUCCUCGGUGCCACCAUUGUACCACAGAAGUUAAUCCAGCCUUUCACUCUCUAAGCUCUCAGGACCUGAGGACAUAAGCGUCUGAACAUUUACUUGGAUAUUUGAACACAAAGAGAAUGAGGGUUACCAUAGUGAUUCUGUGUCUUGUGGGUGCAGCCAUUGCCAACCCUAUAAUGUACAACACAACUAUGGAAAUAAUGAACCCAUCACCUGGGGUCUCAUCAGCAUCUGAUUCUUUAGAGCACACAGGCAUGCCUGAGUUGAAGUCUUCUCCAGUAUCCUCAACCUCUGAUCAAAGCAACUUCACACAACAAACGGCACAGAGCUCAUCCGAAUCUCAGUCCUCUGAGCAGAGUGACAUUCCUGACCUGAGGAGUGCCUCUAGUUCGUCGUCAUCAGAGCAAAGCAACUCUUCAAGCCAAGAGUCCCAGAGUUCCUCAGAGUCCGACUCAUCCAAUCAAAGUGACACAUCAGAGCAGACGACUUCAGAAUCCUCAGAGUCAGAUUCAUCUGACUCCAGUGACAUGACAUCAGAUGAGAGUCAAAGUGAAUCCCUGAAAGACACGACAUCAGAGGAGAGUAACUCAUUAGAAGACAAGUUUAAUUUAGUGGAGAAUGGAGUCACCAGGGAUGACAGUAGAGGAAGCAAAGAAAACCUCCGAAGGUUCUUCAGAGUUUACGCCGUCAAAGCAACCGCUCCGGAUUCCGUCAGUGAUUCACAGCAAUCGUUCGUGGAGAGCAAAGAGGACAACAGCAUCUCCAACGAAAUCCCAGAAGCCACCGGUGGACCAGGCCAAUCCUUGGAGCGCGUGAGCAGCGAGGACAGCAGGGCCAGCGUCGACCUUGGAAACAGCACAGAGAACAGCAUUAGCAACGAGAGCACCGAGAACAACAGCACCGAGAGCACGGAGAGCAACGAGGACAGUGAGAUCGCAGUCAGCCACGAGAGCAAUGACAGCAAGUCUGCAGAGUGUCUCCCAGGAUCUGGCCAAAACUGUGACAGCGACAGUGACAGUGACGAGUCGAACAUGAGAGACAUAGGCGAUGAUGGUGAUCAUGAUCCGUUCGAUGGCUUCUUCGUGCCCUUUGACACACCAGGGGAGUUGCUGCUGCGAAGAUGACACAUUCUUUGUAGCCAUAUCUACAGUGUUGCACUUUAAUUUAAUUUAAAACAGCAAUAUAUUUGUCUUCCUCGGCCCAUGUGUCGAAAACUGUGUUAUCUGUCUCAGCUGACUGUUGAUAGAUCAUUGUACUGUAUUUAUCAUUUUUGUUACAUUUCAUUAUUUGUAUUACUAUAAUAUGUGCCAUUUAUCAACUGAAUGUGUUUUAUAUGAAAUAGUAUUCUACAUAUUUAACAAAUUAUUUCAAUAUUAUUAUUAACAAUAAUUUGCACUGCAUUUUAUGCUUUUUGCGGUAACAAAGUAAUUUUGUUCAAAGCAGAAACACUACAUUAUUUUAAAGUAUGGCUGAUGGUUCUGGCCUGUUUUAAUCAUCUGUUGACAGAGUAAUUAUAGAAUAAAUGGAGUAGAAGUUACUUUUUGAUUUGCAUGUCUUGUGGUGAGACUUUCUGAUGUAUAUAUAUAUAAGAAGCAGGAGGCAUCCAACACAAUCUUUUCAGCUUUAGCUUCCCACCCACCUAAAUUCAGUGAGUGGAUUGUCUACACAUAUUAUUGACACAGGUCCUUUAGAAGACAGGACCUCUUUGAUCAGGGUUGACAUGAAUCCAAAUAAAAACAAAAACAAUCACCACAUAAAUCCUAUGACUGACAUAUGGAACGCCUAAGAACACAUGUGAUCCCAUUUCAAGAGAAACAGCUGAAACUGCCUUUUCAUUGCAUGGGCUUGGUGGGAGAGGUAGAC